UUCCUGGCUUUUAUCUCCAUCAUCUUCAUCAUAAUUUCCACCAUCUCAUUGUCCCUGAACACCCUGCCGGAGCUUCAGGUGGUGGAUGAAUUUGGCCAGUUCAAUGACAACCCAAGCCUAGCCCACGUAGAAGCUGUCUGCAUUGCCUGGUUCACCAUGGAGUACAUGCUGCGCCUUCUCUCAGCACCUAACAAGUGGGACUUCAUCAAAGCCCCACUGAACAUCAUUGAUUUGCUGGCAAUCUUGCCUUACUAUGUGACCCUCUUCCUAACUGAGUCCAACAAGAAUGUUAUGCAGUUCCAGAAUGUGCGGCGUGUGGUGCAGAUCUUCCGAAUCAUGAGGAUCCUGAGGAUUCUGAAGCUGGCCAGGCACUCGACAGGACUCCAGUCUUUGGGCUUCACUUUGAGAAGGAGCUAUAACGAGUUGGGUCUACUGAUUCUCUUCUUAGCCAUGGGCAUUAUGAUCUUCUCUAGCUUGGUGUUCUUUGCUGAGAAGGACGAGGAUGCCACCAAAUUCACUAGUAUUCCAGCCUCCUUCUGGUGGGCUACCAUUACCAUGACCACUGUUGGUUAUGGAGAUAUUUACCCACAAACCCUACUGGGCAAGAUUGUUGGAGGGCUCUGCUGCAUAGCAGGUGUGUUGGUCAUUGCCCUUCCCAUCCCAAUCAUUGUCAACAACUUCUCUGAGUUUUACAGAGAACAAAAGCGACAAGAGAAGGCCGUCAAGAGAAGGGAAGCCCUUGAACGAGCAAAACGGAGUGGAAGUAUUAUUUCUAUUAACCUCAAGGAUGCUUUUGCACGCAGUAUGGAACUCACAGAUGUGUUGGUGGAGAAGAGGGAGGACAGUAAGAAUCCGGUGGAUAAUCAUAUGUCACCCAGCCGAUGGAGCUACCACAAACACUACACCAAUGAUGAGUCGUGUAGCCAAGGCAAGUCGCAUUACCAGGAAGUGGCGCAGCAGGGCUCCCCUGAACGAGUCAAGCCUUUGCCUAACAAAAUUACGCCUCAAAACCUCACUGUAAAUCUGCUGGAAGAAGCUUUAAACAAGACAUCAACAAUUAAGGAGCAGAAGAAGAAAAUGUUGGAGGAGCAGAUGGAGAUGAAAACGCUAACCUCCACUCAAGCCAGACAAACUUCUCCUGAAGACUGCAUGAAACUCUCCUAUGUUGCUGAUGAUUUUUCAGUAGAAAGAAGGGGGUCCAGUGCUGAAGGGGGUACAACUAGUGCUAGAAACCAGCGCAUUCCCCCUCCCUUGGAUCUAAGUCAGAUCAGCACCAUAGAAGGCAACACGGGCCCUGACAGCAUUCAACCGAUGGCUGUCAUUAAGGAGGGUUUGUAUGAGUUUGUGUCCACCCCCAGAGGAACUGAGUCCGGAGAUAUGGGUGUGGACAGCUUUGGGAUGACCUAUGAUAGCAUCUGCAGCGCCAAUCAAAAUACAAUCGCCCUCAAGGUUGACUUCAUUGGACCUCAAGAUGAUGUGCUUAUGGCGGUGAUGACACCUGUAGCAACCUCAGCCCCCAUUGGGUCUGCCAAGCUUGCCCAGCUGCUUUCUGACGACAUGGUUUCAAGGUUCUCUCCCUCCUCCAGCUCCUCAACUAUGGAAGCUAAGUCUCCGUUGGUGUUCCUGCAAUCUCCGUCUCUGGUCCAGCAAUCUGUCAGUCCAAGCAACUCUCAAGGGGGAGGUGAGGGCUUAGUAGCCAGGAGCUUAGAAGGUGAAGGGCAGCUAACAGGCUUAAGCCACCAGGGGAGGAAUCACAUGGAAAGGUCUGCUGUCGGCUCAGGCUCAGGCUCAAAUUCAAGCCCUCUGUCUUCCAAACUCAGCCCGCUCAACUGCACCAUGGAGCAAGGGACUUUGGAAGGAAGUGAGCAAGGAAGAGGGAGAGAAGAAGCAGAUCACAGCGGGGAGAAAGAGGAAAAUCACAUUGUUCUUGGUAGAAGUGCAACACCUCCCUGUGAAACAAGCAUGUGA